AGAGUUUAUUGUUAGAAAUAGUCGUAAUCGUAACGAUAAUCAUAAUCAUAAUCAAAGUAGAUAAUAAUAUAAGUUAAUGACCGGAAGAAAAUGAUAUGCAAAAUGGAACUCCUGGCGGCUGUGGUCUGUUUGGUGUUGACUGUGCCUAUCGUCUCCUCUCUGUCGGUAAAGCAGAAAUUAAACCCUCGGAUAGUACAAUUACGUAAUGGACAGAUUCAAGGCUUGACUCAGUCCUUUGAGAACAGGCAACUCAAGCCGGUAGACGUUUAUCUGGGAAUUCCGUACGCCACACCACCGAUUGGAGGCGGCAGAUUUUCCCCUACUAAAGCGCCCAACCCUUGGGACGGAGUUAGACUCGCUAAUGCGAUUGGGCCUGUCUGUCCGCAAAGACUUCCCGACAUAAGUAACGAGGCGGCGGCAUUGGAACGAAUGCCGCGAGGACGCCUCGAGUAUUUAAAAAGACUUUUACCUCAUCUAAAAAAUCAAAGCGAAGACUGCCUUUAUUUAAACAUCUACGCUCCUGCUAUGGGAAUGUCAGACAGCGGGAAGAGGCAUCCGGUACUUUUGUACAUCCAUGGGGAGAGCUACGACUGGGGAAGCGGAAAUCCAUACGACGGGAGCGUCCUCGCGAGCUACACUGACCAAGUAGUCGUAACGAUCAACUACCGGCUCGGAGUUCUCGGCUUUCUCAACUCCAACAUUUCGCCUCAUACGAAAGCGGAGGUCGCGAAUUACGGGCUCAUGGAUCAGCUGGCUGCUCUUCACUGGGUGAAGGAGAACAUUGCCCUUUUUGGCGGCGAUCGGGGAAAUGUUACGCUCAUGGGACAUGGCACUGGAGCUGCCUGUGUUAAUUUUCUCGCUAUUAGUCCAACUGUCAUGUCUGGUCUUUUUAAGAGAGCGAUUUUACUGUCAGGCAGCGCUUUGUCAUCCUGGGCAGUUGUAGAAGAUCCGGUUACGUACGCAGUAAAACUAGCUAAAGCAGUAAACUGCUCUGUACCAUCGGAUCUGUUGAAAGAGCACGAGCUGAUUGUGGAUUGUCUACGUGAAACCCGGCUAGAAGAUCUCAUGUCAGCGGACGUACAAGCUCCGACUUUUCUCAGUGCUUUUGGCCCCAGUGUCGACGGAGUUGUCAUAAAACCCGAUUUCCACAAGGAUCUCCUCUCUUAUCUCGGCCCAGAAUUCCAAGGAUCCGGACAACUUCCAAAGAGAAGUGAUCCUGGAAUGCCAAUCACCAGUAACAACAAGUAUGAUCUAUUGUUUGGCGUAACAACCAGCGAAGCUUUGUGGAGGUUUGCUGAAAAAGAUGUGCAAGCUGGUUUCGAGGGAGAAAGACGGGAUAGAAUAAUACGGACCUAUGUCAGAAAUGCAUAUACUUAUCAUCUUACUGAGAUAUUUUAUACGAUUGUGAAUGAGUACACCGAGUGGGAGCGAACAAUGCAGCAUCCAUCGAACACCAGAGACGGAUGCGUACGUGCGUUGAGUGAUGCACAAUUCGUAGCACCACUUGUCCAAACUGGGGAUCUUUUCACUCUUCGUCACACUCGCCAACCGAACAAUCCUCACAUUACACCAGUUCCUGACAGUGAGAAAGAACCUAUGCCAAAAACUUACUUCUAUGUUUUUGAUUUUCAAACAAAGGACGGCGAUUAUCCAGAGAAAAUGGGAACAGUUCACGGAGAAGAACUGCCUUAUAUUUUCGGAGCUCCGUUAGUUGAUGGAUUUGGAUAUUUUCGCAGAUCUAAUUACACCAAAUCAGAUAUGAUAAUGUCUGAAAGUCUGAUCCAAGCGUUCGCCAACUUUGUGAAGUCUGGAAACCCCAAUGCAUACGAGCACCACAGAAACGAAAGAAACGAGGCUCAGAUGGCAAUUACCAAAGAAAAAAACAAGUUUCGGUCAAUCAACUGGGAGCAGUACGAUCCUGUCCAUCAGAAAUACUUGGAAAUUACAAAGAAACCGUCUAUGAAAAAUCACUAUCGUGCUCAUCAGUUAUCAGUGUGGUUAAGACUCGUCCCGGAAUUACACCGAGCUGGAAUGGAAGACGUUGAGCCAAGACACAAUCUUUUUCGUGGUCACGGAGAUCCUAAUCUGUAUGAUGGCUCAGUACGUCCUGAUCCUCUCAGUAGGAUUGGCGAAGAAUACAGACGCAGAAAUUUAACAACAGAAGUACCAACAACCACUGAUUACAGUAUCACGACCUGUGUCAGUCUUAUCCAGAGCACAAAUCUUCAGAAUGUUCACAAUACCAGCUCGGAUACUCUCGCGUCAUUAGAUGCUGCUGGGUACGCGGCGUAUUCCACAGCUUUAAGUGUAACAAUAGCAAUAGGGUGUAGCCUAUUGAUUCUAAACGUCCUAAUAUUUGCCGGAGUGUAUUAUCAGCGCGACAAAACACGAUUAGAAGUUAAGAGUAUGCAGCAACAACAAAUGAUGAACCAGCAGUGUGGUCCGAGAGGAUUUACUGAGCUAAAACAACCGCCGUUACCGCAUGCACACUUUGGGGAAGGCGGCCAAGUUGUCGUUGAUGUAGAAAAUGAAAUGUUGAGACGAAACGUUACUAAAGUGUCAAAUGAUUCUGGACUGAUGCAACAAGCACAAAGUACCCACACACUGCCACAUCAUCAUCAUCAUUAUCAAAAACAACCGCAUUCAGGUCACGCUACUCUACCACGAUCGUCAGUUAUCCACGAUAUGGGAUUACCACGUGGUGUAGACAGUCUCAAUUGUCCACCAAAUGGGUCGAUCCACUUGACAGUACCGCGAGCACCACCACCACCGCGAACAAAAAGCCCACCGGAGAACCAGCCGCUGCUUCAGGGUGGACAAGUCUUAAACCGUACAACCCAAGGGAGCAUGACCGAGAUGAGAGUGUGAUGUAUGGACUCCCCUCCGAGGCCAGUCGUCCCGGAUGUGCUGACGGCGUCGACCUUGCUAUAGAGAGAACUCGUCAAACUCCAGCCUGAAUAUGAAUGUCGUUGAGGGAUCCAGUGACUCGAUUUUAUUUAUUAAAUUAAUUGAUAA